CGACGCUCGUACUUACUCUCCUCGUCGCCGGGUCACCUUGAAUUGUCGGUGCAUCCCGACAACAUCGCUGGAGCUCCGACAUGGAUCUGUUCUUGUUACAUCCGCAGAGGAUGAGAACUUCCGGGCAUAAGCUCUGCGCCGACCGCGUUCUAGUGAAUCUCAGAAUCCAAUAGAGCACGUAUGGCCGCUGUUAGUCUACCUCUGCCCUGACCCGGCGAAGCAUGGGCGAAGACUAAGGUUCCUGCAAGAUCCUAACUCGCCCAUGGUUCGCCGGAGAUAUCAGGGUCGACCCAGUCUCCUGACUCCUGCUUCUCGUCGGCUUAUAUCUAUGGACAGGACCAUCGCGUCCGAUUGGGGGCGUGGGCACGAUAUUAAGCCAAGGUGCGCAUGCCCCUGGCUAUAUUUGCCGGCUGUGAAAGUGUGAAACGGACAAGCAACGGCUAGUAGGAAAAGCUUGCCUCUUGACGCCUGUGGCGUACGGAGGUACGUAUAUAGUCCAACAUCAGUCCCAGGUUCCCACUCGCCCCGCCCCGAUCCUUCCUCGCUGGCUAUCUGCUCGCUCAGCUCCUGGCCCAGGCGACAGCUUCCCGGAGCCUUCAAACGCCUCUUCGUGCGUCGUAUCACCGUGUCCUGACUACCGAGCGCAACGAUGGCCAGUCUCGAUCCCCCAAGCACGCUCAAGCCCGCCCAGGUCGCGGUCGCGAUGAUUGAGAGCGGGAUCGCGAAGCACCGCACGCGUGCAGAUCUCGUCUUCUUCAAGGCGGUCGCUGCGGGCGUGAUGUUAUCUUUCGGAGGCCUCCUCUCGGAGAUAGUCUCCGGAGGUGCCGCAGGGGUCAACGAGAGCAACCCCGGGCUCGUCAAGUUCUUCGGCGGCGCGGUCUUCCCGGUGGGUCUGAUAAUGAUCGUAUUGCAAGGGCAAGAGCUGCUGACGAGCAACAUGAUGAUCUACCCCAUGGCAUGCAUCAAAGGCGCCGUCCCGUGGUGGGGCCUUCCCUACAACUGGCUCAUCGUGACGUUCGGCAACCUGUGCGGCAGCCUGUUCUUCGCUGCGGUCUUGGUCAAGUACACCGGCAUUAUCUCCACCGCGCCCUACAACGCAUACGCCGUCACCUUUGCACUGCACAAGGCAGCAGAACCUCAGUGGCACCAAAUCUUCCUGCGCGGUAUCGCCUGCAACUGGCUCGUCUGUGUCGCUGUCUGGCAAGCCGCCGGUGCACGUGACACCAUCUCCAAGAUCGUGGCCAUUUGGGUCCCUAUAAUGAUAUUCGUGACAUGCGGAUAUGACCACGUGGUGGCAAACAUGUUCUCGGUUCCUCUCGGCAUCCUCUUCGGGGCACCCCUGACGGCGGCGGAGUACAUCAGGAAAUCGCUCAUUGCGGCUUACCUGGGCAAUAUCAUCGGCGCGCUGCUCGUCGCCCUCCCCGCGCUCUACUUCUAUGCGCCCGACUACAGGGCGGGCGGGCUGCGUGACGCGGAGGCGGGCGAGGUUAUCAACCAGGAUCGCGACGACCGCCGCGACUCGCCUAGCACCGCGGUCUACGAGGUAGACAAGCGUUUGCAGUAGCAUUAGACAUCCCUACCGAUCUUUAUCCGGCCAGUGCGGAUUCUUUGGUGAGACGCCUCAUCUCUAGUGUACAAUACGACUUCUUGUAGGUUUUAGAACGAUUGUUCUUUCUCAGC